AUGGCGGGUUGCAGCGAUGCCACCACCGGCGAGACGGUGCACGUGGCGCUGGGUAGAAGUUUAAAGAAGGGGAAGAUGAUCCUGGACUGGGUGUUCAAGAACCUCCGCGGGAUGGAGAUCGUCAUCCUCCACGUCCACCGACCGCCCAAGCUGAUACCCAUGCGUGAGUUGGGCCCCUUCCUUGGCCUCAAAAAACCCCACCUUCCCCUGUUCACUCUACACGCGGACUGUCGAUGUGCUUGGUCCUUGCGCUUGCUCGGAACCUGUUUGUUUAAAUGCCCAUACCAAUCCACUUCUCCCUGUUCCUUGUUUUUCUAUUUCCUAACCAAGGAAUCUCUGCUUCUCACAAGUUUUCAGAAAUGGGCGGGAGGUUUCCUAUUAACUUGGCUUCGCCAGACGAGGCGGAGAAAUAUAUCACAAAGAAAAGAGCAGAGAUGAACGACAGGCUGCGUACCUUCUUAGAUCUCUGCGCUCGAGAGAAGGUGAUAGAGUCCACCAGAGCUUCGAGCUUCUCUUCAAUCACUAAGAUUAUCUGACACGUUGUUAACUCUUUCAAGAUGCCCGCCAAGGAGCUGGUGAUCGAAGCCGAAGAUAUUUACCAGGGGAUCGUAUAUCUCGUGGGUCAACGUCAGAUAAAGAGGGUCGUCAUGGGUCUAAGGUGAAUCUCUCUAUCAACCUUAUUAGCUGAUGAUCUUGCUGGCCCUGUGCCGAGUAGAAGACGACAUCCAUUUAUCGAAAUAUCACGCAUCCCCCAUGGUUUAUGCUUAAAUCUAUUAGAAAUCCAAUCGAGAAUUUAUGUAACAGUAGCUCAUAAUCCGACGCGUUCACCUUACACGAAGCUCUCCAGACUCAACCCAUCCAAUUAUCUUUCAGGUCAAUCAAAGAGCAGCCGACUCUGGAGAAAGGCCUCCUCUCAUGUCAGAUAUGGUUAGUAAGCCAUGGAAGGCUGGUAUUCACCAGGUUUGCUUCAGCCUCCUUGAGCUAAUGGCUACAUCUUUUCCAAACAUUCAUCAUAACUCUGCUAUCUUCCCGGGCUGCGCCAUUGGGUUAACUGCAGGGGGGGCCUGCUGCAGCCACUCAGUGUGGAAUUCUCAGGCGCUGAGAACCAGGGUAGCUCUGCUUCGUCGUCCUACAGUGCUGGAGGAAGCUCCGAGUUUCAUCCAGAUCACGCGGUACGUGCUACUGUUCUUCCGUUUUAGUUUCAUAAAAAUAAAUACCCCUCGGGUAUUUUAUUCAUCUCGAAUAAAACAGUUGACCAGACUUUAGUAUCCGCUUGCUUUACGCCGUGAUUAUUGUGGGCACCAGCACCUGCGAAUAUAUGAAGAGGAGGGGAGGAGGGGAUUUGAAGGGUGGAAAGGAAGUGAAACAGCUAACUGAGGUGUCACUUUGGUAGGUGAUUUUUGAUACCCAAAAGGCUCAGUAGAAAAAAAUCUACUGUGGCAUUUUAGCCAUUCAUGGGUUUUUCAGGUGCCUCAAAAUCGAACAAAAACAUCUAGCAAUUACCAAGUUUUUUAUACGUUGACCACUGUUUUAGUGAUAGAAGCAUCUGGCCAUUAUAAAUCUUGGGUUCCGCUCGGAUAGGCUUAGCCCAGCCGUUGACAUGCCUUUCUGAGAAUAUCUCCUGCACGCCAAAACUGCAUCGUAUACCAUGAAAAGGCCUCAAAACUCCUCUGCUUUAUUAUUUUCCCAUGUAACGUAAACCUGAGCCAAAGCAGGAGAGUGGGGACCCUGGCUGAGCUACAGCGCCCUCUGCUUGCAGGCCAAAGAAGCUGGAGGAGGACCAGGUAAACAGCAGUUCGAGGAUGAAGAAGACAUCAGAGACUUGCUGGUGCAACUAUCCGAGGCAACUGAUCUCAUCCGCCAGUGGAAGGCGGAGGCAGCAGAGAGGGAAGUAUCCGAGGAUGAGUUCAUUGAGUUCUCUUUGCCAGAGCUCGAGGAAGCAGCUGACAGAUGGCUCGCGCAAAAUGGAGAUCAGGGAAGAUGA